AUGGAAAUGCAAUGGGUGAUUUGGCUUUCUGCACUGGUAAGCAGUGUGCUGACAUGUUUCUUAUUAGAUUUAACGGUAAAAAGAAAGAAUAAGAGCAAGGCAAAUCUUCCUCCUGGACCUCCUGCCUGGCCUAUUGUAGGAAACCUUCUUCAACUAGGGAAAAAACCGAAUGAAUCUCUGUGGGCUCUUUCUCAGCAAUACGGCCCGCUGAUGACUCUUUCUCUUGGCAUGAAAACUGCUGUGGUGGUUUCCUCCCCUGAAAUGGCAAAGGAGGUCUUCAAAACCCACGACCAAAACUUUGCAGGCCGGACUCUGAUAGAAGCAGCAAAGGUUAAUUCUCACCACGAAUCAUCAAUAGUGUUUGCUCAGUAUGGAGAUUACUGGCGGAAGAUGAGGCGCAUUGCUACCACAGAGCUCUUCACUCCCACAAGACUCCAAGCGCUGCAACAUCUCAGAAGAGAUCAAGUCUCUCAGACAAUUCGAAUGGUCUUUGAGAAGAGAGGAAAGACUCUGAACAUUAAACAUCUGGUGUUCUACGAGGGUCUCAAUCUCAUGAGCAACAUCAUCUUCAGUAAGAACUUGUUCGAUCCCACCAAUCCAGACUCUGUGGAAUUGAGGAACGCUUUUAAUGAAUCGUUGAGGUUGGCCGGAAAACCUAACCUGGCCGACUUUUAUCCGUUUCUGAGAUUCCUUGAUCCUCAGGGUGUGAGCCGUGAUCUGGGCGUCGUAUUUAAGCGACUAAACAACUACUUGGAUGUAGUCAUACAAGAUCGGCUGGCGGCGAGGAGAAAAGGCGUGGGUCUUCCUAAGGAAAAGGACUUUCUGAACAUUCUGCUCGAUUCGACUGCCCAUGAUUUCACUCUAGAGAAUAUCAGAGCUUUAAUUACUGAACUUUUGACUACUGGUAGUGAUACCACUACUACAACAGUAGAAUGGGCUAUGGUGGAACUCAUUGCUAAUCCUCAUGUAAUGAAACAAGCACAAGAAGAAUUAGAAGAGAUAAUUGGUUUGAAUCGAAGAGUGGAAGAAUCUGACAUAGAUCAUCUACCUUAUCUCCAUGCUAUAGUGAAAGAAGUUUUACGACUACACCCUACACUACCUUUGGCACUACCUCAUAGAGCAGAUAACUUGUGUGAGGUGGCUGGGUAUAUGAUACCGAAGCAUACCAUGGUGAUUGUAAAUGUGUGGGCAAUUGGAAGAGAUCCUAAGAUUUGGAAGGAACCUUUAAAAUUUAUGCCAGAGAGGUUUUUCAAUGGUGAGAAUAGUAAAAUGACAUAUAAGGGACAAGAUUUUGAGUUGAUACCAUUUGGAGCUGGAAGAAGAAUAUGCUUAGGAUUUCCUUUGGCUCAUCAAAUGCUUCAUUUUACUAUUGCUUCUUUAAUCCAUUCAUUUAAUUGGAGCCUUCCAAGAGGGAUGAAUUAUGAGAAAAUAGACAUGAGUGACACCUUUGGAAUGGUAUUGAAGAAGGCUAUAGAAUUGCAUGCAAUCUCCACACCAAGAUUACCAAACCAUCUGUAUUAA